GGCGGGAUGGCGGCGGGCGCGGCGGACGCGCAGUCCCGCUUCGGGCACUCGGUGAAGGGGCUCCUGACCGAGAAGGUGACGAGCUGCGGCACCGACGUGAUCGCCCUCACCAAGCAGGUGCUGAAGGGCUCCCGCAGCGCCGAGCUUCUGGGUCAAGCUGCUAGAAACAUGGUGAUGCAAGAGGAUGCCAUCCUGCACUCAGAAGAUAGUUUAAGGAAAAUGGCCAUAAUAACCACACAUCUACAGUACCAGCAGGAAGCAAUUGAGAAGAAUGUUGAGCAGUCGUCAAACCUCCAGGACCAGCUGCGUCACUUGCUGAAAUGAAUCGUGUUGCUGAAGCAUCCUUUCCUCUCCUGAGCCUGGAGUUCAGGCCUAUGUCUGGAUGAUGCUGGACAUCAGCUGGGAUAUGUGCAGACUCUGUGUUUCUGAGCAUGUGGGCCCAUCUCACGUACCCCCAUCUACGUCUCUGCUCCAGAACAUUUGCCACCACCUAACUGAAACAAACAUACCUGAAGCUUUAGUCCCCCCAAACAACUUCUGUGUCUGCUUACUUCCCAUGUAGCAUGAGGUACUCAGCCCAUCCAGCACCCCAGACACACUGCUGGCCUUGUGCUUGAGAUUAUUUGUCAGGCCUGAAUGGGGUACUCCUGGCCAAAGUCUUGUGGCCACAGGGUGACUUUCCUUCCCAUCUCUUACCUCUGCUCAGUUAGGUGCCAUCUGUGAACUGAUGGAAGAGACCUGCUUGUGCCUGCCUGAGACCAGCAGUCACAGAGCCAGAGGUUUUGUACAAAUUUCUGUCUACUCCCCACUGACCCUGCAAGAAAUGCAUAAACAGAGCUGUGGGUUUUUUAAGUACAGUCCCUAUUUACACACA